AUGUCCGAACUUUGCUUCAUAAUCAACUUUGCCACAUUCUGCACUGCCGUUUCUCCACUUCGUCAUUCUCUCCUCAAUCUCACCUCUUGUAGAGCACAGCUCGUGCUCUGCUCCUUCCAAGGUAAUGCGUUUCCCGCAGCACCGGAACUACCAUCGCUGCUGCCGAGCGUACCCAUCCGCAUCCCAGAGGCGGUCAGAUCCCGCCUUCCCCGGCCGCACCUCUUUGGGAACAAGUACGACCUUCCCCAGGCACACCUCUUUGCAGACAGAUCCCACAUACCCCGGCCAAACCUUCCCAGCGUGAGUCCGCAACGCCGCGUCACGACUGGCGCCGAUGGAGCAAGAAAACUGCUGCUGGAGGAGACCCCUUAUACCGAAGCUUAUAAUAGCGCGGAUGCGUACAGCGCGGCGGUGCUCGCGCUGACAGCAGCAGAGGUACCGGCGUCAGAAGUAGAUGGUAAUACGAUUGGGGGAAGCGACGAUGAUGAUGGUGGUGGUGAGACCAUGCGCCACACUUCGACUGGCGGAGAGGACGGGGAAGUGGACGGGGGAGGCGACGGCGGAGGGGGCGGGGGAGGGGGCGUGGGAGCCGUCGGCGGUGGGGGCGGGGGAGGGAAUGGGGGAGGGGACGAGGGAGGAAGCUCUGAGUGGCCGUCACUCGCGGAGGGGGGUCAGGAGGUCGAUGGUAGCGAGGGGAGCGCGGAGAGUCGCCAGCCUGCCACGUGGUGCGACAACGAAGCGUGCUUACGUGGCGCGCUGCUGGAUCUCGCGCCCACCGUCUACCUCACGCGCCACCUGUACCUGACCAAUGGCGAGCUGCCAGCUGUCAGACACGCGGUGGCCGUGACGGGCUUGUGUUCGUCCGAUCAGUGCACGAUCGACGGCCAGGGGCAGUCCAGGAUUUUCACUGUCCGGGCAGGCGGUUACCUGGCACUCCAAAACAUCGCUCUACUGCACGGGUUCGCCCCGCGGGGCAAGUUCGGCGGGGCAAUUUUCGUUUCCGGGCUGCCCGACUCAUCGCCUUCACCACUGGAGAAUCUGCCCGGGGCCUACCUCUCCGCUAUAAGCACGAGUUUCUUUAACAACAGCGGGGGUAGCGGAGGUGGGGCGGUGGCUAUAGGGAGCAAUGCGGCGGCGUUUUUCCAUGGUGCCAAUUUCGCAUUUAACUCCGUUUUCAUGGACGCUACUAACAAGCACCGGAGCAGGGGAGGGGCCAUGUACCUGGGAGAACAGGCCGACAGGAGCAUCAAACCCAGAGCAGCCAAGCAGAGCCACAAUGGGACCACGCCUUCCAAGUCUACUGGGAGCAAAGCAGUGGCGUGUUCCCGAUCCGCUCUCCCUCCCUGUGUGACUGUGCUCGACUCGCUGUUUGUUGCCAACUCGGCUGCUGUCGGGGGAGCCGUGUUCGUGGAUGGGAGUGACCCUGCCUGCCACAACACCACAGCAUCCCAGCAGGAUGAUACCGCACUGGGGGCGUCGCUGCACAUGAGCAACGGGCUGUUAGAGGCCAACAGGGCUGCUGUCGAUGGGGGAGCAGCGGCUGUGGGGUCUCACGGGCGACUUGGGGGGCAAGCUUCAUUCUCCACCGUCCGAUUCAAUAAGAAUUCCGCACGGAGGGAUGGAGGAGCGCUGUUCGUGGGGGGGGGCCGUCCCGACCAUGCCGGCAGCACAGUCACUGUCUAUGAUGCGGCGUUCCUCAGCAACACUGCUGGUAACCCUGUUACCAAGCCUGUUUCCAGAAAAUCUGGGCAUCCAAAAACAGGAAACCUGCAGGGCGGUGCUGACAUGGCAGUGAGGCGAUGGGCGUCCGCUCACAUCCAUCACAGUACCUUCCAGGAAGCUUCCUCGCUGGUCACCCAAUCAGCCUCCUCUCCUCCCUCCUCGCACCCCUCCUCCACCACCUCCUCCUCCUCUGUACCCCAUAAUUUCCCCUCUUCAUCCUCCCCCACCAACCCCCUUCUCUGUGUGGGUUCGUGCAUCAUCUGCCAAAACACCACCACUCCAGAUACCCCUCGUGCAAGAGGCAACGUGACUAUAUCCAACUCAGCUGAUUGCCUCCGCACCCCUCCACCCUUCACCUGCCCUUUCCUUCCCACCUACCUCAAGGCUAUUCCUCCCCAAUCUGCAUCAGCAUCAGCACCAGCACCAGCAUCAGCAGCUGCUGCUGCAGUAUCUCCUACCACACCUCGUCCCCUCUCCACCAUCUCCUCCCUCCCUGCUUCUGCCCCUACACCUGCCACUGCCACUGCCCCUGCUGCUACACCUGCCUCUUCUGGUCAUGCCACUGCCACUGCCCCUUCCCCCACUCCCACGCCAACCACUCCGGUCUCUGACUGUGCCUGCCCCCAACCGGAAGUGACACCGUCCUCCACCCCUUCCACCUCCUUUCCCUCUCCACCCGCCUUACCUCCUCCCUGCGCUCGUCACCUGCGGGAGAAGCUUUCAAAGGAGCCUCAACCACCAAGGUGA